AACCGCGCCUGCGUGCUGUGGGACCUGGCGGAGGAUGCCGACUACAUCAUCCAGGUGCAGAGCAUCGGCCUGCACGGAGAGAGCCAGGCCAGCAAGCGCGUCCACUUCCGGACCCUGAAGGAGACCGACCGCCUCCCUUCCAACAGUUCCAACCAAGGUGACAUCACCAUGGAAGGGCUGGACAAGGACCGUCAGCUGCAGACGGGCGAGAUCAUCAUCAUCGUGGCAGUGCUGCUCAUGUGGGCGGCGGUCAUCGCCCUCUUCUGCAGACAGUACGACAUCAUCAAGGACAACGACUCCAACAACAACAAGGAGAAGACGAAGCCGUCCUCAGAGCACAGCACGCCCGAGCGACCGAGCGGAGGGCUGCUGCGGA